GUAGGUGAUAACAGCUGAAAAAAGUCGAAAACUUGCAUUCAGUAAAUGUUAUUCAACUGUUUGGGCUGUUAUAAAUGGUGCUCCAGUGAUAUACCGUUGUAUAUGAAAAUCAAAAUCAGAUAAGCUUUCUUCUUAAACUACGAAGAAGGAGAGACAGGUUUUUAUCGAUCAGUAGUAAGUCAGCCUUUUAACAGUUGAAGGAGACGUGGCAAUCACAGUAAAGAACGAGUAUUGUUUGGGUGCCCGCAGUAUUCACCCUCGUUUCAAAAAUUCUGAAGUGAUAGUGUUCACGUUGAGUUGUAUAUUAAGAAAACUUUUUGUACAUUUUUUCGUUUGCAGUCUUGAAGCAUGGAAGGAAGAUUCUUUGUUCUGUCCUUAAUUUUUGGCGCAGUCUCCGUCAUGGCAGAUGGUAUGUUAAGAGUGUUAAGCUUUAUAGCAGACUAUUAAUGGAGAAAGACCCGUUUUCUUGUAUUUUUAUUUUACUUGCGGAGUUAGUGCUGUGGGUAUUGUAUAUGAUCAGGACAAAAUUUCAAGUCAGCCUGUGUAAUUCAUAUAACACGGCUGGAAAAGUACCUCUUAAUAACUGAACUUUUUUUCUUUUUUCCUUUCAAUACUGAAUCAGGCAGCUGUCAGAAUCCCAAAGAACGCUGGGAGUGCGGAUGGCUGGGAAUAGAUCAGCAGACAUGUGAGGCACGAGGAUGCUGCUGGGAUCCCAGUGAUCCGAACAAGCCGUGGUGCUAUGUUAAACCUGGCACACGUAAGAAUUGACUUUUUAAACAAUUUGGCUUAAAUAAUGAGUGGUGAUAGAAAAAGAAGUUUGUAGCUUAAGUUUUUCGUAUAACUCGUGGAAGCAUUUUCCAAUGAUAAAGGAUACAAAAGCUAAAAGUGUUACUGAAGUAUCACUUGAGAGACUGUGCUUGACAGUCUGCGUAUUCAUUACGGGCAACUGAAGUUUUGUAUUGCAUUAUUUUGACAUCAUUGUUAAAUUAUUAUAGAUCUCCCGGAUGGACUUUGCCCCGUUGCUCCUUCUGAGCGACAGGAAUGUGGUUACUACGGUAUUGGGAAGGAGGAAUGUCUGGGAAAGUCCUGUUGCUGGGAUCCAACUGUGCCUAACACCAAGUGGUGCUUUACACAACCAUGUGAGUUUAUUGUUAGGAAAAAUUCUAAAUAGAUUGUUGAAAUUAAUCCAGGAUUGCAUCAGUUUUAGUUUGCCACAUUGUUCUAUAGUUUGUCUAGCAAACUCUCGACACCCUCUAUCGGAGUCUUAAAAAACACCUGAUUGCCUUAAGACAAAGACAAAAAUUGGCUCGAAUUCUCUCGCUCAUGUUCUUCCUUAUAUUUCGAUCCGAUUUCUUUUUAUUCCAUAGAAAAUAUUCACAACUUAUUAUUUACUUGUUUAUAUCCCAACGCUGGCUGGUUUGUUUGGAACUCUGAUUUGGCCCAUCAGAAAAAAAUCAAAAUGGAUCCUUUCUUCCCGAGUAAUUUAUUUAUUUGACGUGCGUUUAGCUGAGUUCUCAUUGGUUCCUUGGGAUACAGUAGAACCCCGCCAACUCAAACCGGCUAAGGGAAACGAAAACUGGUUCGAAAGGAGGGGGUGAGGUGGGUGGGUCCCAGCUAUUGGGAUUGGUGUUGAAUUUCAAUUACCCUGGUAAUACUUAAUAUGGAAUCAUGUUUUUACCAUUCUUACAAAAUCAACAGUCAUUUUCGUACAUCGAUUUUGUUUUAUACGAGCUUUUAACACGAUAACAGAUUGCGGCAUGUCAUCAGUUCGGACGCUUCGACGUCUAUGGACUGGCGUUUUUACUUAAAGGUCGAGUUAUCGGGGUAAAUGUGAACCAAGGGAAAGUAAGAUUAGUUCGAGUUAACGGAGAUCGAGUUCCAGUUUCUUGAUGGUAAGUGAGUGGAAAAUGGGGUCAAAUCUAAGGGAAACCGGUUGUUAUUCGAGUUAGCGCCGGGGGAAGGGGGGAGGGAAAAGGGGGGUUCGAGUCAACCGAGUUCGAGUUACUUGAUAAUAAAUGACUCGGAAAAAUGGGCUCAAUUCCGAGGGAAAUCGGAUGUUGUUUGAGAUAGCAGAGGUUUCAAGUUCACCGGGUUUAAGUUAGCAAGGUUAUACGGUAUUUACGUUGACUUUAAGAAAUUUGUUCUAUAAUCUUUUUUGAUUCAUUUUGUUUGAUUCAUUUUGACACACAACUGAAAGCGCUUUAGCAAUGAAACGAUAAAGGACUAAUCCAUGGACUGCGCUGAUCAGUUGUCAUAACAUUAUAAACAAUUAACAUCUCGACAGCCGAACCAUCCAUGGGUUGCUACCUGGAAUACGGCCUGUCUGGAACCUGCAAAUAUGUUUGUGACCCGGGUGAAGAUAAAAUGUACGGCAUGCCAGACUGUGAGGGACGCAUCUGCUGUUACAAUGGCUUCGGCAAAUAGUAAGUGAUCUUGAUUAUCACACAUGAGCGUGGCUUUUAACCCUUUGAAUCCUAGGAGUGACUAACAUCUAAUUUUCCUCACAAUAUCACCCCUGAGUGACGGUAAACUGUAAAGGAAAUGAUCGCCAACUAAUGAGGCUCUUGAUUGCUAAAUAAAUUCUCCAUGUCAGCACUUUUGGAAAUGUAAAGAGAACAGCGCGGAGAAUAUGCAUACCGAUGUUAGGUUGUACACGGUUACAAGGAGCAGAAGUUUCUUCCAUCCAUUCAGCCAUCCGCUUAAAUUUAACGAAAUAUCAAGCAACAAUUUGCUAUCUGCUAAUUGCGUUUAUGUAAAUUGUUUCAUAGAUCUUAUUUCUUGGAUGCGAGGACUUGAACGACUGAAAUGCCUAUGCUUUGACUGAAGAUCUACCGUGAAGAGAACCAUUCCUUGAGAUAUAGCUUAUAGUUAAUCAGUUAGUCUGCUAGUAUUGCGUUAUGAGAUGUAUUGGGGCAACAUUUCGUAAAAGAAAGAAAUAAAAAGGGCCAGUCCAACGGGGAAAUUUAGUGCCGCAGUAAUUUUUGUAAAUCUGUUAACUUGCAC